AUGUAUGACACGAUCAGAGAUGCCCCUUUCGGCCAAGCUGUUCGGUUCUUGUCGAACGGUCGAACAUUUUCUGCGCCAGAAGAGAAACAAAGCUUUGCACUCCCUGCCAAAUAUGCACUGGUCUCAGUUCCCACUCCAAUCCAGCCCGGCGACAACGAUGACAAGCGUAAUUCAGAGAUACCAUCUGAACCCGACGACAGACGCCAAAGCGCAAUUCCCUCUGAGUUUGAGGAGAAACGGAAAUCAGACAUUCCUUCUGAGUCACCAUCCGACCAGCUGAGUGGCAUCCGAUGGGAUGGCGAUCAGCAAGAGGAGUACUCUGCCGCUGAUGUAGAAAGAAAUUUCCAGCCACUCGCUGUGCAGCCAAGCAAUGAUAGCACCACCAUCGUGACUUGGUAUUCCGACACUGAUCCAGACAACCCUCAUAAUUGGAGCAAUACAAAGAAGAUAUGGGUCGGUGCUGUUAUCCUUUUCUACACCCUUGCUGUCUAUAUCGGCGCAUCGCUUUACAGUUCCUCCAUUCCAGCCAUGAAGGAGAAGUGGAACUUGAGUACCGUCGGAGCAUCUGCGGGCAUGGCCUUGUACGUCGUUGGGUAUGGCCUGGGGCCGAUGAUCCUUUCACCACUAUCCGAGAUUCCGUCAAUCGGACGCAAUCCGCCAUAUAUCAUCGGCAUGGCUAUCUUUGUGAUCCUGUGCGUCCCAACGGCCAUGGUUGAUCAUUAUGCUGGCAUGCUUGUGCUACGACUUCUCACAGGUGCAUUUGGCAGUCCAGCUCUCGCAUCAGGUGGCGCCAGUUAUGGCGACUUCUGCGGUCCAAUUGCGAUGCCGUAUGCAAUUGCACUCUGGGUAGCGGGCGCUUCAUGCGGUCCAGCUCUGGGGCCAGUAAUUGGUAACUUCGCCGUCGUAGGCGAAAACUGGCGCUGGCCAUUCUGGGAACUGCUUUGGAUUAGUGGACCUGUCUUCCUGCUGAUGUUCUUCACCCUGCCAGAGACUUCUGCCGAUUGGAUCUUGCGGGAGCGCGCGAAAAGGCUUCGUAAGUUGACCGGCCGCUCCGAUCUCAAAGCCAAAUGCGAAGUGCGACAGCGCAAGAAGAGCAGAAAAGCUGUUUUGUAUGACGCCCUCAUAAAACCGUGGGAAAUCAAUGCGAAAGAUCCUGCCGUGCUCUUUACGACCGUAUAUACUGGGCUUACGUAUGGGAUCUACUACUCCUAUUUCGAAUCAUUUCCCAUGGUUUUCGGGGAGAUAUACAACUUCCGAUUCGGCAUUAUGGGAGUUGCCUUUCUAUCAAUUGCUGUCGGCGUCCUUCUUGGGUUCCUGGCCUGGGUGGGCUAUUUCUACUUCUAUGCCGACAAGACGUUUGCCAAAAUCAUGGCUACAGGAGCCAUGCCACCACCGGAAGCUCGACUUGUACCUGGUCUGAUCUUCACCUGGUUCAUCCCGGCAGGAUUGUUUUUAUAUGCAUGGACAUCUCGCGAAUCUGUACACUGGAUGGUACCCCUUAUUGGUGUCGUCAUCACAAUCGCCGGAGUCUUCAUUAUCUCCCAGUGCAUGCUGAUCUACCUGCCCUUCACCUAUCCCAAGUACGCCGGCUCGCUGUACGCAGCAAAUGGGUUCUCGAGAGCAAUGCUUGCCGCAGCUGCCAUUCUGUUCUCGACUCCGAUGUUCGAUAAUAUGGGCGUGGACAAAGGGGUCACGCUUCUCGCCGGCUUGUGUUGUGGCUGUUCAGCAGGUGUGUAUAUUCUGUACUUCUUCGGCGCUAAACUGAGAGCGAGAAGCAAGUUUGCGGAGAGCUAG